UUAUUGGCAAAAUGUGUUAUUGGUAAAAUAUGUGGGAGCCCUCUCCAUCAUGAGGACCACCACCAACAAACUCAUGUGUGUCAGUAGACGACGAGCAGUUCUUUCUUUUUCCUUUUCCCCCUUCCUUUCUUCCUUCUUUUUGCCCGUUGUCAUCAGCGCCUCCAUCCAUCGAGCGACGACGACAUUGUCGGCCUUGCUCGACAGCCACCACCACACCAAACGUGAAGAACUCUUUCCUCUCUCCCAGCUGCUGCUAAAAAUAUAGCCUUCUUC